CUGGGUACCCUAAAAAGGGAGCAAUAUGAGCCCCGAGCCUUUUUUUCUGACUUUUUCUUUUUUUAACUUUACUUCCCACACCACCCCUGUGAGUCUGAGCCCAUUUGGAAGGUUACUGUUCAAAGUCAGCAUGGAUCAUCCAGGAGGACACCUUGCUGUGGUUCUGCUCAUACUUGUUCUGGUUUCUAUGUCCACCGAAAACAACAUUAUCAGGUGGUGCACAGUAUCUGAUGCGGAAGAGCAAAAGUGUUUGGAUCUAGCUGGGAACGCCACAGCCAGGAACAUCCGUGGACAACUUCUGUGUGUGAGGGGCCAAAGUCCCACUGACUGCAUGAAGCAAAUAAAGAAUGGCACUGCAGAUGCCUCUACUAUGUAUGCUGAUGAGAUCUAUACAGCUGGGUUUUGCUAUGGCUUAGAUGUGGCUGUGGGAGAGUCUUAUAACGGUGUGGAUGGCAUUAAUUAUUACGUGGUUGCACUGGCACGGACAUCAUCCAGCGAUCUGUCACUGCUGGAGAUGCACGAACGCAGUUCUUGUCACCCAGGGAUGCGGACUACAGUGGGCUGGACCGUCCCCAUCGGCUUCUUGGUCAACACAUCGCAGAUCAGCGUGGAUGAGCAGUGCAACUUUCCCCAUGCGGUAGGAGAUUUCUUUGGCUACAGCUGUGUCCCAGGAGUGAAGGACCCAGAACAUGAUCCCAAAGGAAACAACCCAAGGAACCUGUGUGAGGCCUGCAUUGGGGACGAGAACGACCACCACAUCUGCGCCAACAACCCUCGGGAACGGCACUUCGGGGAGGCUGGAGCUCUUAGGUGUGUGGCCGAGAAUCUCGGGGAUGUUGCUUUUGUUAAGCACACUACAGUCUUCGACAACAUGCAGGGCAAGAACCAGGAGUCCUGGGCGCUGGACCUGGAGCUGGAAGACUUGAAACUCUUGUGUACUGACGGGAGAAAAGCUAACCUGUUCCAACACGAGAGCUGCCACCUGGCUGUGGUGCCAACCAAUGCUGUAGUAGUGCGUUUGGAGGACAAAUGCCGCAUUUACAAGUUCUUGGAACGUGUGCAGAAUGCAUUUGCUAAUGCCACUGAAGGAUUCUCUCUGUUCAGCUCGGUGAAUUAUGGGCAACCUGAUGUGCUGUUCAGUGAUUCCACCAAAAAGCUGCUGCGUGUUAUGGGGACCUACACUUCCUGGUUGGGGCCCAGUUACACCACCAUACUGAAGGCUUUUGAGUGUGAAGGUUUGUGUUGAUCUGAUGAGGAAAGAGGAAACUAUAGAUAUCCCCUCCAU